AUGUUCUAUUAUUCCGUAUUCCCACCUAAACCAGGAGGCCGUCCCCCUAAACCAGGAGGCCGUCCCCCUAAACCAGGAGGCCGUCCCACUAAACCAGGAGGCCGUCCCCCUAAACCAGGAGGCCGUCCCCCUAAACCAGGAGGCCGUCCCCCUAAACCAGGAGGCCGUCCCACUAAACCAGGAGGCCGUCCCCUAAACCAGGAGGCCGUCCCCCUAAACCAGGAGGCCGUCCCCCUAAACCAGGAGGCCGUCCCACCUAAACCAGGAGGCCGUCCCCCUAAACAGGAGGCCGUCCCACCUAAACCAGGAGGCCGUCCCCCUAAACCAGGAGACCGUCCCACCUAA